AUGGAUGUGUAUUACUACAGGAAAGUAAAAAAUAAAAUGGUGUGUGUUUUAUUAGUUAUUGUAAUGUGCUUGUUAUUAUAUAAUGAAUGUGUUGUGUUUUGGUAUCAACAAUUAAUAUGGCCACCACUACCUGAAAACAGUCAAGAAUUGAAUGAAGCACUUUCCUUUUUUAUAGCUGAAGUGCGUAAGGAAUCCGGUGAUAAUUAUAAACCAAAUACUUUGUAUGAGAUUAUUAUAUCUAUACAGCACUACCUUCGUCAGAAUGGACGUUUAAUAGCCUUUAUGGAUGAACAAGAAUAUCAGGGUUUAAGAAGUGUUCUGAACAGUAAAAUGAAGGAGUUGUCGAGACUUGGACUGGAACAAGAAGAGAUUUUAUGGAGUAAAGGUUUGUUAGGUGAAAGUAACCCACUGCAGUUAUUGGAUACUCUUCUUUUCUUGUUUGGAUUACAUUUUGCACUGCGAGCUGCUCAAGAACACAGGAACUUAAGGUUUGGUAUGAACACUCAAUUGUCUGUUAAGUAUGACUUAGGGGGUAAAAAAUAUCUGCAGUACAUAGAAGAUGUUUCAAAGACAAACCAAGGUGGUUUAGAUCACAGGAAAGUCAGUCCUAAAAUGACAAGAGCUUAUGAAAAUUCUAACCCAUUAAGAUGUCCAGUUAGAUUAUAUGAAAAGUAUAUAGCUCUGCGUCCAAAAAACGGUACAGUAGAUGCAUUUUAUCUGCGUCCCAAGAAGAUGCCAUGCUCUGAUGUUUGGUACUGUGAUUCUCCUGUAGGAAUUCAUACCAUACAGUCCACUGUUAAACAUUUAUGUCAGUCGGCUGGUAUAAUUGGAAACUUUAGUAAUCAUUCCCUUCGUGCCACAGCUGCAACUCGUUUAUAUCAAGCUGGAGUGGACGAGCAAUUGAUCACUGAAAAGACUGGACACCGAUCUAAUGCUGUACGAGCAUAUAAAAGAACAAGUGAUGCCCAGCAAGCCUCUGUGAGUUCCGUAUUGCAUAGUGGUUCCAAAAAUCAUAAAUUGGAAGAAUUGGUGGAUACAAGCCCAACUAAAUUUAAGCAAGAACGUUGCGUUAAUGAGGAAACCAGUGACAAAGAACAUAAGGAACUCAGAGAGUUCAAACUUUCAAUGCCAGGAAUGAAUUUGCCUAAGGUAUUUUGA